AUGUUUCUAGGACCUUGUGUAGUUUUAUUUGUUUUAAUGAAAUGUGAUAUAGCAGCGCAAUUAGAUGAAAACCGCCCAUGCAGCGGUUUGGGAUGUCGGAAAACAGUAUCAAUGCCUCUUUUAGAUCAGAUGAAAGGCAAUCUCAAAGCUGAUUUUGACGUUUCGGAAAUGAACAAGCUGUUAAAGAUUUAUAUAGAUCAGGAAAUAAGAUCAGGAGUGGAAAUCGGCUUGAAAAAUGGCGUGGAAAAUAUUAUCAACUUAAAAAAGCAGCAGGUUCAACAAGAAGUAGCAAGUGUUGUAGACAAAAACGUGUCCAGAUACAUCGUAGAUUUUGAAUCCAAACUGACAAAAUUAAAACAGGAUAAUGCAAAAGAACUGAAUGAUAUAAAGAAAGUGUCAAAGAAGUAUGCUUUUUUUGCAACACUGUCAUCGGAUAAAAAAAAUCUUCCUGCCAACUCCGUGGUGAUGUUUGACACUGUUUCACCAAAUGAAGGUGGUGCCUAUGACGGAACAACGGGUAAAUUUACCUGUCCUGAAGAUGGAUUAUAUCAUUUCUCUUGGACCACAGUUUCCGGUGAAGGAGAAGAUUUUUCUAGCGUUUUAGUGGCAAACGGCAAUAUAAUUGCAGCAAAUGCUGUUGAUAGUGAUUCAGUCAGCGACACCAUGACAGGUACCAGUAAUGUUAUUGUGCGUAUGAUGAAGGGACAGAAGGCUUGGAUUGCAGUACAAGUCAGUGAAGGGGAUCAUUUGGACAUGGCAUGGAAUGGGUCACCAUGUUCUAUGUUUUCAGGAUUCAAGUUAUGA